AUGCGCAGCACAGCGUAGAAAUAGUAAGUGAGUAAAACCACCUAGCCUCAAACAAAUUAAUUUGUAAACUGCUGGAGCAAUGAGUUCAAGUGUAAGCAGCUCUCAAGAAGGAAAUCUGGAGGAAAUUUCUUCCAGUGGAGAAUCUGGUUUUCAAUCUACUCUUCCUUCCUUGUCUCCCAAAGAUACCAUCACUAUUCCAUUUUCUGAUCCCGCUUCAGCAACUUCUGAUCAAGAAGCAGGAUCCAACACUGCAAAGGAUGUUGCAUCUAAUACAAGAGUUAUAACUGAAUCACUUGGUGAAAAUGAUAAAGAGAUAAAUGGCAGUGAUCAACACCAUAUUUCUUCAUCGGUCCCCAAGACGGUUGCAUCCAGUAGACAUGCAUAUGAUAUUCAGCAACGGGAAACAAGCAAGAGGAGCAUUGAAGAGAAUCUACGCUGGACAUCUUGGCUAAAAUGUCAUGGAAAACGCUUAUAUGAAAAUCCUCGCAAAGUGUAUGGGUCAUAUAUUGAUAUGUGUGAUGGACAGUUCAAAGGCACUGCUAUGCAUGGACUUGCCAGAAGUAGUACAUCCUUUAGUGUUGAAGAAAUGAGGAAAAUUGUUGCUCAGAUGCCGAAGGAACAAUUAAUCGAUGGAGAUGCCGAUGAUGAUCUGCCAGUUCACAGCGCUAUUAAGAGUCUAGCUGAUCAAGACAUGAUAGCUUUAUUUGUUGAAGGAGAUUCCAAGCAAAAAGAAACCAUCCUAUGCUGGAAAAAUAAUAAAGAUAAAACUCCUGUCGAAUUAGCUUUUGAAAAACGCCAUAAAAAAGCUAUUGCGAUGCUUUUUGAGCUAUGUGUUAAGCACGGUGUCCUCUUGAAUCUGACGGGGAUCAGAAGUUACGUACAAAGCAGUACUCUUCUUCACACUGCUUUUAAAGAGGAUAAGCCAUGGUUUUUGAAGAUUGUGGUUAAGAUUUGUCAGAAAUUAGGUGAAGACUUACUUUCUACCGUACAAGUUUUCGAUGAAAAUAAUAACACUCCCUUUCAAUAUCUCAUGAACUGUAUCCAGCCUAAAGAUCAAGAGUUGAAAGAGUUUGAGAAUGUUAUUGGCAUUCUAGUAGACGAAGGAAUUAACAUUAAUAAUAUAUGUAUAGAUUCUAAUAGCAGAACAAUGCUUCAUGAGGCUAAGCGCAAACAUCACAAAAAAUGUUGUGAAAUAUUGUUAAAGUAUCAUCAUGAACAACAUGGAGAUAAAAAAGGGAUAACACCAUCUCAAAGAGACCAUCACGUUGAAUUUGAUUCGAAAUCUCUUCCUAUGCCUGAGGUGGAAAGUUUAAAUGAAUGGCAAUCCACUCAAUCAAGCAAUGAUACAUUUUGCUCUGAUGUAACAUUUCAAAACCCCAUUGAAACAAGUACUGUGGAACCCAUAAUUUGGGAAAAAUGGCUAGAAGAUAAUGCGUAUAAAAUGUGUAAAGGCAAUCUUUCCGCUGAGAAAGUGUAUGGAGAAUUUCUUUAUAAGCGUGACACACUAUUUAACGGCACUGCCACUCAUGGCCUUGCUAGAAGUUGUCCAUCCUUUAUUGAUCAGUUUGAAGAUAUAAAGAAAAUUGUUUCGAAAAUGCCUAAAGAACAGUUAACUGAAAAAGAUGCUGAUGGUGAUCUCCCAGUUCACAGUGCUGUUAAUAGUAUGGCUAAGCAAAAGAUGAUCGCCUUGUUUGUUCAGGGAGAUUCCGAGAAAGAAAAGACCAUCCUAUCUACAAAAAAUAAUCAAGGAAAAACCCCAAUUGAAUUAGCAUUUGACAAGCGGCACAAUAGCGCCAUUAAACUGCUUUAUAAUCUAUGUGUUAAACAUAAGAUCUUGCCAGGUUUGACUGGAUUUGAACAAAGCAGAAAUGCAUCUACCAUUCUUCACGCUGUGUUUGAUAGAGACGAUAUGUCGUAUUGGUCGAGAUUUUUGAGUGUUGUAAUUAACGCGUGCAAAAGGGCUGCACGGGAUAUUCUUUCAACCAUAACAGUUUUGGAUGAACGUAACUGCACGCCUUUCUAUUAUCUGAUGAAUUGCAUGCACCCCAAUCAUCACUAUAAGCUGGCUGCAUUUGAAAAAGUGCUUAUGCUAUUGAGUGACAAUGAAAUUGAUGUAAAUUCUGUAUUCACUGAUUCUAAGAAGAGAACAAUGCUUCAUGAAGCCAAGCGCAAACGUCACAAUAAAUGUUCCGAAAUGUUGUCUCGUUAUGGUCACAAAGAUGAUAUCGAAGAUAUAGACGGGAUAAAACCAUCUCAGAGAGAUCAUCACAUUACUAAGUUUAAUUCGACUUCUCUCUCCCCGACUGCAGAGUCUGAGAUACUUGGAGUAGGCCAGCACUCUGAAAGUGGAUCAGAUUCAAGUCUGGAAGAUACUCGUGAAGAGCCUAAUAAUCCAGCAGUGGUGAUACCAUUUAGUGCUAUAGCAGAAUCUUGUCAACAAUAUGUCUACCAGUCUGUGGACGAACUUAAUGAAGAUGUUUCGGCCAAAGCCUGCACAGAGAUGUCUAGUACAACUAUAUAAUUUUAUGUAUCUUCACCCCUAAAACAAUUUAUAAAUCUAAUAUAGUGAUUAAUUAUGUUGUGGUACAAACUUUGAUGCUGUAAUCUUGAUUAUUACAUCCGCAGAUGUGGUGUCCAAAACCCGAGUGUGUGUAUAAUUAUACACUAUUAUUAUAUAUUGUAUAUCAUCAAUUUAAUAUGCAUUCAGUUAUAUCGCUACAUAA